CCCAGGUGCUGCAUGAGGGCAAUCAACAACGUACCAUGAAUAGCACCAGACACCAGUCUCUGUUCUUUGUCAGUCUGCCUGAGCUGCACAAACUCUGUGCUGCUACAGUAACACUGAGUUCUCAGAUACUAGAAGCUGAGUCAAGGAGUACACAGAUAAAGACUUGCAGACAAUUAUUAUUCCUGUAUCAAGAGAUCCUUUCUGCACCUGUUAUGGGGACACUGAAUCAAAUUUCGGUUGUGAUGGCGAUACCAUUUUACGAAUCAGGAAUAUGUCAAGCCUAUGUAGAGAGACAUGGAGCUGCUCUGGAAGCACCACAAACAGUUACUCCAGCCCUUCUCCAAACCUGUCUCUCCUACACACUUACAGCCAGGCUUGCACCCAGAUGGAACAAAGCUGGUCAUCUCUUGGUGCAAGGGAAAGACUUUUUGUCUCAUUCAGGAAGGCAAAAUGCUGUUGUUAUAGACCUCAAUGUGUCAGAGAGACAGCUUUGCAUCAGUGUGGAGCCUUGCUCAAUUCGACUGCCACCCCCUGAGCUGGGAGAUUUUGAUAUUUCAGCAAAUAUCGUAAAACUGUUUGACAGCAAUGAAAACACAGUUAUUCAGCAACAUUCCAUACUAAGUAACUGGUGCUAUGUUUUGCCAAGCAUGAAAAUGGGUCAAAUCAUAAACAUUAGCCACAUAAUUCCUCCAGAAUCUCCUUUCCGUUCAUAUAAGGAUUUUCAGAUGCACUGGAAGAGUCUGUAUGGAUAUAUUCUUCCUGAGGAUCUUGAAGAGACAAAAAUAUACUUGAGUGUUUACUUCAAACCAAUAGGGGAAAGAUUCUUCACGUACCCUUUAAAUUGCAUCCGACGUCAGCCAGUGCAGUAUUUCCCCAGAACAGAUGCAGAAAGUGUAGUGAGCUCUUUUCUUUCUGACAUGAAGAGCAAUUUUUCACAGCUGUGUGGAUUUCCAGUAAAGAUGACAAGUAAAGCACUUUAUGCUACAAAGGAACUCUCCAGGGCUUCAGUGCAUGAAAUAAAACCUAAGCAUACGAAACUGGACGGUGAGAUGGUUUGUGCAGCAUCUCUAACGCAGGCUCCUCCAAGAAAACCUACUUUGCGUGAAAUUUCUCCACCGUGCAGUACGGAAAACAGCCACUGGAUGGAGUAUUUGAUCAAAGAGCCUGGAACAAGCAAUUUGUCGAGUAGCAGUAGCAGUUUUUCGAGUACAGGAGGGGUUAGCAUUGAAGCAGCAGAGAAAUCAAUGAGCAAUAAGCAAAUGCCAGGCGUUCCACAGUUACCAACUGCAAAAUCUUUAGGAACACCUGUAAACUCAGCCUUUGAAGCCACGCUUCCAAAAGUCAGCAAAAUUAUACCAAUUUUCAAAGGAAAGUUGAUGCAAAUGAAUGGAAAGAUCAAAAAUCAAACAGAUAGGAAGGAAAAUGCUGAAAGGCAUUCACCAAUAAAAAGUGUGGGUGUUUCGUCUUCUAUGCCAACUAUGCACAAAUCCAGCAUAACUCAGAUUUUCAAGCACAUUCAAAAUAUGUCAGUCAAAACUUCUACUGACAGCAGCAUGCUUCAGGUAAAGAACAUGAAGAUACACACAAAACAUGGUACACCCAUAUUCCAAUGGAAAACCCAGUCUAGUGGACAAAUGGCUAACUCUGAUUUUUCUGAAAACUCAGCUUCAGGUGGGAAUCCGCGUGAAGUCAAUCACAAAAAGGCAAAUUCUCCAUUCUUUCUUAAGAAUUUUGGGCCAGUGCUUCAGAAAUCAGACACCAGUCCAUGUCUGAAUACACAUGAAUCUUUUAGUUCCAGUGCAAGAAGGGGGAAAAAGUUUACAAGUCAAAAUACUGCUCAAUUUCUUGAGAAACAACACCAAUCAAUGGAAGUGCAUUUGCAGAUUUGUAAAUUAGAUCGUGAAAUGACAAUUUCCAGUUUGUCACUGCAACAAACAAAGACAUCAAAUAAAGGAUCUGGGUUAAAUAUUCAUGAAUCUGUCUUCAAAGAUACAGUGUGCAUGGCCAAGAGUGAAGGAAACAAAGCAGCAUACCACUCUAAGGACUGUACUACUGUGACAACCAGUCAUCAUUCCAAAUCUAACUUUGAACAGAUGAUUACAUGGAACAAGUAUCUGACAUGUGAAACACUGACCUCAAAACCGACUUUGCCAGUCAAGGAGAGCAACAUGGAAGCAUCUGUAAAGAAAAGCUGUGCCAGAAGAAGACAGCAGAAAGAAGAAGGUUACUCAAAGUUAAAGAGAGCCAAAAGAAGUAAAACUUCUACUUAAGGUGUUCUGGAGCCUUGAAAGAAAACUCUGGAGUUAAGAAUGUGGUUUAACUGCCUGACCUCAGCCAAAGGUUAAGAAGGUGUGAAUAGACUUCUGCAACAGAAGUUGCUUCUUCCAACACUACAACUGUCUGUGAUAUUAUGAGGGCUUUAAAUCUAAAAAGCCAAGAUCUAAGAGAAAGGAUAAAUAUCCUUUAUGCAUAUAUGUGUACAUAUAUGUGCAUAAUGCCCUGUAUUUAUGAUGGAGAGAACUCUUUCUUGUUCGGUAUAAAAAUGCAGAGAUUUAAUUUGAAUGCCCUGAACCCAAACUUUGUAAACAGAAUGCAAAUACAGAUGUGGGAAUACAGCAAUAUUUUUUCCUUCAUAUUAGCUAUAGAGUUCUUAGUUGCCAUUUGUUUUCUUCUACAAUGUAAACUUUUUCUGUGUUUUCCUCCAUUCAGGUUCCAAAGAGGGCAGUAACAUACUCGAGAAUCUCUGAACUUCAUGUAUUUUGCUCUUUGUCAUUGGUAGAUGUUUCUGGAAAAAAUUUUGAGGGUUAAAUACAGUCAAGUGAAUCCAUGUAUCAUCAACUUUUUCAGAGAGUUCAGGUUAAUAAGCCUCUAAUGCAUUUGAAAAUUUAACUAAAUUGUUUAGUUUUUGAAUCACGUUAUGUAUGUCACUUCAUUUUUCCAAGUUGGAUUUUUCCUACUACUAUGGCAAUUUUUGUUUUGUUUUGUUUUUCUCUUGAAUGGUGACUGUCAACAUAGCUCUAAUUUCAUGUUGCCAGUCUUUAAAAUGAAGUGAGCUUUUCAGCAACAUUUCAUUUUCUCCUACAUAGUAAA